AUGCUCUUCAUAUUUACCAACAAAAGUUUGAUCACGAACAUUUCUUGUACAGUUCGUUUGGUACAGAGAAACUUCAUUUGCAGCAUUGCCAACAGAAGCACAGUGGAAGCUUCUCUCGUAUCCGUUUUCACAAGAAGACCCAUUUGUUUAGAGUCCCCUGAGCUUCAAGAACUUAGCCCAAAGCUCACUCCUGAAGUGGUUGAAUCUGUAUUGAAAUCUCUCAGAAAUUGGAGAUUAGCCCAGGUGUUCUUCAACUGGGCUUCAAAGCAAUUAGGGUACUCGCACACUUGCUACACGUAUAAUGCUAUGGCUGCAAUCCUAUCAAGUGCUCGACAAAAUGCCCCACUAAGGGAUCUUGCUGUGAGUCUAUCUAAAUCCCCUUGUAUUUGGACCCCAGGGGCUUUGGGAUAUUUUUUGAGGUGUCUCGGUAGUCAGGGUUUAGUUGAAGAAGCUAAUUCUUUGUUUGAUCAUGUGAAAACAUCCAGACUUUGUGCCUUAAAUUCGUAUAGUUAUAACUGUUUGUUGGAAGUGUUUGCAAAAAGUGGCAAUGUUUCUAUGUUGGAGUGUAGGUUGAAUGAGAUGAGAAGUUCCAGUUGUCCUGUGGAUAAGCAUGCUUUAACCCCUGCAUUGCAGUGCUACUGCAAUGCUCGAAAGUUUGAUAAGGCCUUGAUGGUCUUCAAUGAUCUGAUUGAUAAGGGAUGGGUCGAUCAGCAUAUAUUGGGUAUUUUAGUUUUGUCUUAUAGCAAGUGCGGGAAGGUUGAUAUGGCUUUUGAGUUGAUUGAGUGGGCUGAGAAGAAUCUCAAGGUAAACUUAAAUCAGAAGACAGCAUGUGUUUUGAUUCAUGGGUUUGUGAGGGAGUGUAGAGUAGAUAAAGCUCUAGAACUAUAUGAUAAAACGAUAAACCUUGGAUUUCUGCCAGAUAUUUCUGUUUACGAUGUGCUAAUUGGAGGUUUAUGUAGGGAUAGGGAACUGGGGAAAGCUGUGCUGCUGUACAAGAACAUGCAGCAAUUCGGGAUUUUGCCUGAUGUUCGGAUAAUUACCCAGCUUUUAGUGUGUAUAACGGAGGAGAGGGACAUGAUUCAAUUGCUUGAAGAUAUUAGUAUGAAUUUGAAUGCGGGGAAAAGGAUGCAGUUGUACAGUUCUGUUCUGACAGGUCUUGUCAAUGAUAAUAAUGUUGAUAAAGCAUAUCACCUGCUCAAGGCAGUAAUAGAAUCUGGCCUGAAUGGAAGCAGCCGGGACAAAAUAUCUUCAACUAUUGAGCAACCUGGCACGAGUUGUUUCCAAACUGUUAUUGAUGGUUUGUGUAAUAUUGGUAAGCUAGAUAUGGCUUUAGAUCUGUUCCAGGCUAUGGAUAAAAGUGGUUCAAAACGUAACACUUUACUUUUCAAUAACUUAAUCCAUUGCUUAAGCAACGCUGACAGAUUGAAAGAAUGCUUUGAUCUGCUGAAUGAGAUGAAGCGUUCAGAAUUCAAGCCAACACAUUUCACCUUCAAUUGCAUACUUGGGUGCCUAUGCAGAAGAAUGGAUGUUGAAGGAGCUCUUGAUUUGUUGAGGGAAAUGCGUGGUUGUGGCCAUGACCCAUGGAUAAAACACUAUACGCUGCUUGUCAAGAAAUUGUGCGAAGUUGGUAAGGCAUCUGAGUCGUAUAAGUUCCUUUCUGAAAUGACUAAAGAAGGUUUUCUUCCUGACUUGAUCGCAUUUGCUGCAACUAUUGAUGGUUUUAUCAAUGUCAACGAAUUGGAUCGUGGUCUGAAACUGUUCAGAGAAAUUUGUGAACGAGGUUAUUGCCCUGAUGUAGUCACCUAUAACACCAUCAUCAAGGGACUUUGUAAAGCCAAAAGAACAGCAGAAGCUGAGGACAUUUGGGAUGAGAUACUUGGUAAGGGGCUUGUUCCAUCAGUGGCUACCUACAAUCUGCUAAUUGAUGGGUGGUGUAAAGAUGGAAAUAUCAAUAAGGCUGUUCAAUAUUUUUCAAGGAUGAUAGAAGAAGAACAGGAAGCCAGUGUCAUUACUUAUACAAUUUUAGUUGAUGGUUUAUGUAAUGCGGGAAAACCUGAUGAAGCUCUUAACCUUUGGAGUGAAAUGGAGAGAAAAGGAUGUAAACCUAAUAGGAUUGCGUACAUGGCUCUUAUACAUGGGCUUUGCAAGUGCCAGAAGCCGGAUGUUGCUUUAAUCUAUUUGGAGAGGAUGGAAGAUAAUGAGAUGGUACCGGAGACUUAUGUAUACAAAUCUUUGGUGGAUGCUUUUGCAUUUAGCUCCAACACUGCCAUGGCAAAUGAAAUAUUAAAGAAGAUGGCCAAACGGUGUACUGCGUCUAUAAGCAGGUAA